AAAACUUGUAUUUCUACUUAUCUAGGAUUCUUACAAAGUCUAGAACUAUGACUGAUAAGAUUGCACCAUGAAGAGGAAUCAGGCAGGGUCAGAUCCACAUGGGAAAAAACCCUCAACAUCACGAAGGGGCCGAUUUAGGCCAGACAUGGCUGAGGCUAAAGUCAAGGUAGUCAGAGAACCUCAACCAAGAGGUCAUGUUAUCCUGUGUGACCAAAGUGAAGAACGGAACAAUGGUGAGAGACAGAAGACUAAAUCUGGUCUAGCCUCUCCAACAAUGAAUUCCACCUUGAGGAUCAUGUCCACUUUGCAACAUAUGAGGAAUAUGCAGCCAGAUUUUAUGGCCACAGUGCAAGAUGAAGUGAAAAAAUCCCAGCCUCUGCAGAAGGAAAUCAACCAAAAGGUGGCAAUAGCACUGAAUGUCAAGAGGACAGAGGAAGUUUACAAAGGAGUGUUGAGAUGUGAUGUGGAUGAGCAAGAACUUGUGUCUCGAGCAGAAAGACAAAUGGCGCUACGAGCCAAAGCAGUUCGACCACAACCUCGACUCAAAGAUCCUGAGCCAGACAUUCAAGAUUUUUUCAAGAAGGACUUCUUCAAAGAAUAUCCCAUGCUUGAGGCCUUUCAAAUCAAAGGAUGUGAGACAUUCAAAGUGAAGCCAUCCAUGGCACCUCUUGAGGAACAGAUUGACAUCCUGCAGUUGAGGGAAUGGCGACUCCAGCGGCUUUUAGAUACAUAAAUGUAUUUUCAUUCCUGUGUAAUGAACUGAAAGUUGAUGUAGACUAGUACUUUAUUUUACAAUGAAACAUGAUUUUUUCCAUAAAUCAGAAUCACA